UUCUAAAUUAAAAUGGGCUUGUUGCCCAUUGCCUUAAAAAGGGAGCUUAAGACUGGAAAAUGUGUCAUUUGCAUACAACAAAAUAUUGAACUCAUUCCUUCAAACAAGACGAAUUACAAUCAUCAUGGUUUGUAUGGAAGUGUGCAUUAGGAAGCCGAUUCAACCAAAAAAGGCAAGUCCUGAUUCGGCCACAACAAAACUGCAAUACAAAGCAGCUUUACUAAAGUACAUUAUGCUCGAAACUUACCUAAACCAUCCAGGCAUACAAAAUGGAGAUGUCCUCAAUUUGGAACUGGAGAGUUUGGAUGCUCUCAAAGUAAAGUUACGGAGACGUCUUGCCCGGCGAUUUAACUACAACUCCGUCGUUCUGCAUGAAAUUGACGCCGAAAUCAGUAAUUUGGCCGAAAUUAUGGGUUGCGGGCAGCAGCCUGGUUGCCAAAUCUGCAAAAAGAUUACUGAUUGUGAAGAAGGUGACAAUGCGGAUGAACAAGAUGAGAACUCUUCAGAGAAAUUAGAGGAGGACGAAAAAACCCAAAAGAAAGCGUGAGAACAAUGAGGAGGAACAAGGAAAGUGAGAUA